UCCUGUUGUUAAGUGAGGAUCAUGCGUCAUUACACAAGUCCCAGAUAGCUCACAAGCAGGCUGGCCAUCAGGUUAUGCAGAGUGAAUUUAGCAGGCCCAGGAGUGGCUGCUGCCAUGCAGGGCAGAAUUCAAGUGUGGUAGAAUGUUCACCUGGAGAAACAGUGGUGAGGAGUUUGGAAAAUAUGAGCUUUCCCGGAGACAGGCCCAGAUUAAGAGACUAUGUCACUAUGAAGUCCCAAAAUGGAUUAGGAGGGAGAUAAGAACAGGUUCAGGUAGCCGCACCCUAUCAUCUCUCAGGAUAUAGGUUACAGCUUUAGUUUGGCAAGAUUCUGCCCAUUAGGUGCAAGCAAAUAAAGAAUGUGCCAACAGCUCCACAGCAGCUAGCAGCCUCCUUACUUGAGCAUCACCAUCAGGUAGACAGAUGCACAGUUCAAUAAGCUGCUGUAGUGCAAAGUUGUGCAACAAGUUGUCCAGCAGUAGCAGUUGAACCAGUGCUAGUGCACUCUAUGGAAGCUUACCAGCGAAAUACAGAGGAGUUGUAGACCAACUGAGAAUCUUUCUGGCUCCGAAUGAAAUGUUCAACAAUAGCAGAGCAAUGGAGUUCCCAACAGAUCACAUUGGUGUGACCUUUUUAUUGAAUUCGAUGAAAGGGGUGGGCUGUGAAAUGGGCCAUUCCAAGGAUAGAAGGCAAUGACUUGAUACUGGACAACUACCAGAACUUCAUCAGGAGAUUUAGACACAAUUUCAACGAUCCAAUUUGGAGAAUCACAGUCAGUUGGGAAAUUUGGAAACUCAAACAGAGAAACAAGUGCUCACCAGGGGAACGCCACUAGCCUCCAUCAUGAGAGCUCACAGGAGGGAACAAGCCAGCAAAUAAAGAGAGCUCAAGACAAAGGGGGAAUUUCAUUAAGAUGCUGUUAUCAAUAGGAAUGUUAAUGAUGUCUGCCACUCAGAUUUAUACUAUUCUCACAGUUCAGCUGUUUGCUUUUUUAAACCUAUUGCCAGUAGAAGCUGAUAUCUUAGCGUUUAAUUUUGAAAAUGCAACACAGACAUUUGAUGACUUACCAGCAAGAUUUGGUUAUAGGUUGCCUACUGAAGGUUUGAAGGGCUUCCUAAUAAAUUCAAAACCCGAGAAUGCCUGUGAGCCUAUAAUUCCUCCACCUCUGAAGGAUAACUCAUCCCGUGAAUUCAUUGUAUUAAUCAGAAGACUUGACUGCAAUUUUGAUAUAAAGGUUUUGAAUGCACAGAGAGCUGGGUUUAAGGCAGCAAUUGUUCACAAUGUUGACUCUGAUGACCUCAUUAGCAUGGGAUCUCAAGACAUUGAAAUUUUAAAGAAGAUUGACAUUCCAUCAGUUUUCAUUGGCGAAACAUCUGCGAAAACUCUUAAAGAAGAAUUUACUUUCGAAAAAGGAGGCCAUAUUGUGCUAAUUCCAGAGUUCAGCCUUCCUUUGGAAUAUUAUCUAAUCCCAUUCUUAAUAAUUGUGGGAAUCUGUCUCAUCCUUAUAGUUAUAUUCAUGAUAACAAAAUUUGUUCAGGACAGACACAGAGCAAGAAGGAAUCGUCUUCAAAAGGAUCAGCUUAAGAAACUUCCAGUACAUAAGUUCAAGAAAGGAGAUGAAUAUGAUGUUUGUGCCAUUUGCCUGGAUGAAUAUGAGGAUGGAGAUAAACUCAGAAUUCUUCCUUGUUCUCAUGCCUACCAUUGCAAAUGUGUGGAUCCUUGGCUAACUAAAACGAAGAAAACGUGUCCUGUCUGUAAACAGAAAGUGGUCCCUUCUCAGGGAGAUUCUGAUUCUGAAACAGACAGCAGUCAGGAGGAGAAUGAAGUCUCUGAGAAUACUCCUUUGCUCAGGCCGAUUGCUUCAGUUAGCACUCAGUCUUUUGGGGCAUUAUCAGAGUCAUACUCUCAUCCAAAUAUGACAGAAUCUUCAGACUACGAGGAGGAGGAGGAGGAGGAGGAGGAGGAGGAGGAGGAGGAAAGAAAUGAAGAUAUUGACAGUAGCGAUGCAGAGAAUGGAGUGACGGAAGAAAGUGUAAUAGUCCAGCUACAGCCCAAUGAUGAAAAAGAUUACAGAGCAGCAGAUGCUGUUUGAACUGAAAAAUGGGCAGUGUUACAUGAACUCCUCUCCCCAGAGACCUCUCACCUUAUGUACCUGUACAUAAGAGAAGUGCAUUGCAGCCCUUCCAUUGCUUCACUAGAAGCACCUGUUCAUAUAGCAUUCUAUAGUUUAAUCUCAUUGCAGGUUUCUUUUCUUUUUGUUUAUUCGGUUUGUCUUGAAGACAAGCAUUUUAACAGGACUUCACAAUGUUAGUAAUGGGGCUUCCACCACUAAAUAUAAUGCACCCCCACAAAAGAGGUAUAUCAGCAUCUUGUUAAAUGAAGUUGAAACAAGACCGUACAUGUGUUUUCCCUGCUACAAGGGUAUAAGUAAACAGUGACUUAUUUAGUUAUUUGUUAAACGUAUGGUAAGUACUACCCUAAACAUCCAUCCAACCAAAAAAUGUAUGGGUGUUAUGUCUGUGAAGGCUUUCCCUACAAGAACCAGCACCUUUUAAAGAACAAGAUAUGCUUGUUCUGUAUUUGUCUGCCAAGAGUAUUUCCCAACAAACAGGAAUUGGAGCUUUGAGCUCUGUGAAGGAUUUUGACUGUCUUUUUCAUUAUCCUAUUGCAUUUGCAAGCACCUGGCAAAGAAAUCGCAACAUGACUUAGCUUAGUCCAUCUUUAAGGAAAUAAACAGGAUAACCCCCAUGUUCGUUGGCGUACUUCGCUAAUACUCUGCUUUCUUCAGACAGGGAUUGGGACCAGGUUGUAGAAAGACAACCUUAAAGCACACCACCUACUAGAACAUUUAAUUUUGUGUAUGCUGUAUUUGGAAACAAUUUUGUGUGCAGUACUGAUUCACAAAGGAGGUAUAUCUUGUAAUAAGAACGUCUGAUACAUUAGCUUGAUAAAAACUAUGCAGAGAAAUAAAUCAAACUACGUAUUGAAUUUGAAAAUGAGUGCUCAUAGCUAACAGGAUUUUACUUACACUGUAUCAUGAAAAGAACUUCAUUAUAUAGAAGUGUAACUAUGUAAAAAAAAAAAUGUAGCCAUGCUUCUGUAUAGUCAAAUUACAGGGAUUUUUUUUUUAUAUAGCCUUGUACAGGAAAGUUUGAAAGGAUGUUAAUAAAUACGUUUUCCACUUUAA